AUGAGGAUGAGACCGCUCUCGUGGCUCAUCUAUUCCCUUCUAUUCCCAGCUGUAUGCCUUUCAACGUCAUGUGAGAUGUUAAAGAAGUCUCACUAUGACUAUUCUACACUGCUGAAGAAAGGCCCCGCGUCCGACUUGAAGAUCUGUACUGGGAAGAACGCGUGUUGCACGAAAAACAUAGAAGAUGAAAUUCUCGAAAGUGCAGAGAAGAUCUUCAAAGCUCAACUCGAAGACAAACUAAUCGUCCUACGACAUAUGAUCAAUUCAAAUUUGAACAGCUUUAGAACAUUCUUCUACAAUUCACUCAAUGCAUGCCAUGAGCAUUUGGAUACGCUAUUCCGAUCGUACUUAUGGAGCAUUCUAUCAGAGCAAUUCCCAGGUAUUUAUUGUCUACUCGAUGGUCUCCAUCGGGACGAUACGAUCAUUCAUGCUUGUGGGAAAAAUGGCCGAAAAAAUCAAUACACCCUAUUUCAUCUACAGACUUCGACAGCGACAUACCGACAACGUCGAAUGGAUGGGCUUUUCAAACCGCUACGAGCGUUCUCGUCACCGUUUUCCGACGCCAAAGUGUCGCAAAUUACUGGACGACUGUUCGAGUAG